AUGACUCACAGAUGGUUGUUCAAAGGUGCGUGGUGGUUGGCGUGGUGGCAGAGGACCGGUGAGAUAAUGAUUGGUUCCAUUGGGGGGGGUCGCAAAUCAAAUUGGGGCGCAACUGGCAGUGGUGGUUCGCGGACCAAUGAGGUAAUGCCUAGUUCCAAUGAGGGGGUCGCAAAUCAAAUUGGGGCACAACUGGCAGUGAUGGUUCGCGGUGGUUGGUUAGGGCUCACAAUAGGCACUAGUGGGGACGUGUUGGUUGAAGGUGGUUGUGGCACGCUGGUCAUGCAGGCUUAA